AUGCUCUCCCUCCGUAACAUUGUCGCUGGAGCGGCUCUUGCCUUUGCUGGCAUCGCGCAGGCCACUCACAUCGACUACCCACCCUGCCUUGAUCCCUUCCAACCGUACGUCGCCUCAGGUUGCUACCAGGAUGGUGUUGCGGGCAGCAAUAGAGGCGCACUCAUCUAUCGCUCCGGUCAGAACCAGUACAACAUGACUGUCGAGAAGUGUGUUGCCGAGUGCAAGGGCAACGGCUUCCGAUACGCUGGUCUGAAGUACUACGGUGUCUGCUACUGCGGCUCUACUGUCUCUGGUGCCCAGCUUCCUGAUGAUCAGUGCAGCUACAAGUGCACUGGCGAUAGCACUGAGCUUUGUGGUAGCGACAACGCCUUGAACAUCUGGCAGGAUCCCACCUUCAAGACCGUCAACCUCGGCGGAGUUGUCACCAACCUCCCAGGAACCGUCCAGCCCAUCGCCGGUUACAAGCCCAACGGCUGCUACACUGACAACUCCAACAAGGGUCGUGCUCUGACCUGGCCCAUGGAUGUCGAUGGCUCCAAGAUGACUCCCACUACAUGCUUGACUGCUUGCGCCGACCAGGGUUUCCCUCUCGCUGGCCUUGAGUACGGUGGUGAGUGCUACUGUGGCAAUGUCCUGGCCAACGACACUGUGAAGGCCGAUCCUGGUGACUGCAACGUCCCCUGCAACGGUGACAAUACCUUGUUGUGUGGUGGAGCUAGCCGUCUGAGCGUUUACAUCUCUAUGGACUUGCUAUCUCUUCAGCCUUGUGGUUGGUCGCCAAGCAACUCUGCGUCCUCCUCUCUGCUGUCUUCUACUUCCACCACUUCUGUUUCCACCUCUUCUACCUCAGGUGCCGAUAGCUCUACCACUACUUCAAGCGUCUCCUUUUCCAGCUCCAUCUCUAGCUCAACCAGCUCAACCAGCUCAACCAGCUCUUCAAGCUCUUCAAGCUCUUCAAGCUCUACCACCACCUUGAGUACUGCAACCAGCAACACAAACUACCCCCCUCCUGGCCCUUCUAACCCUUCCUCCACCGGUGGAAACGGUCAGUCUACUACAAACAACCCUCCUGGCCCUUCCAACCCUUCCACCACUAUGACAACUUCUUGCACCACCACCAGCAGUGCUCCUAUGUGUACUUCUACCGUUGUUGUCCCCAACACCUGCGAGUACAAGUGCGGUAACUGGUGUGCUCCCUCUGUCCCCGACUUCCAGGACCAGAACAGCUGCCAGACCGCCUACAACAACUGUGCCAAGAACAUCGCCUCUUGCUUCCAGAACGCUGGCUGGCCCGGUGCUCUCAACUGCUUCGACUUCUCCAAGUGGUGUGACGGUGUUCAGGGAUACUGCGCCUCUUCUUGCUCUCGUGGACGCAGCUGCAGCAAGGCCGACUGCUUCAAGGGUAACAACCCCUCUGGCGGUAGCAAUGUCAAGACAACCACCAGCGUCUACCCCUGUGCGGCUACCAGCACUUCCAGCACUGCUACUGUUCCUUCCACCUCUUGUGCUCCUCAGCCUACCAACAUCUGCCAGCAGCCUAGCUCCGGCAUCUGGGGUUACGGUCCUGGCAACCCCGUUGGUGGUAUUGAGCUGCCUCUUGUUGCCUGCAACGACUUGAAGAACGACUUCUCUCAGAACCCCUUCAAGCUCUACACUGACACCAACUCCAACUCUUGCUCUUCUUACCGCCGCAACCAGCAGUCCGGCGCCUGUGCCGACGCUUGUAAGGCCCAGUACAACUCCUGCCUCGGCACCUACGUCCAGAGCUGCAAGAAGCUCAACACCCGCAGUGACAGCAGCAACUACUUCGACAAGCGUUCGCACUCUCACUUCCACAAGCGCGCUCUCGAGAAGUCCGGCAUCGAACCCCGAUUCUUCAACUUCUUCGGUAACGACCAGUGGCAGACUGCUCAGAACAAGUGCUCCAUCCAGUACGCCGACUGUCUCUACGAGAACAAGAACGUCUACUUCAGCAACCGCUGCCAGAACUUCGGCAGUGGUAUCUAA